AUGGCCGAAUCAUCGCAGCUCUCGGCGGUCGCUACAGUGUACGGCGACUUGUACAAGAUAAUGAUGAAUGAGUACUUCGCCGGUGACUUUGAGUCGAGUGACAAACUCGCAUACCAGCUACUGAGACACGCCGACCUCCCUACCCUGAUCCGCGCCCGGUGUCACAUGGCCCUGGCUACUUCUCAAGCACCAGAUAUCAUGGACUUCAAAGAUCAUGCUGAAGCAGCAGUGAAGAUUCUCAAAGACGCCAAAGAGGACGGCUACGUGAUCAGUGAGAGACAUCUGGAAGAGGCAGAGAGGAUCCUUGAGUCAGCGAAGCUUGACUACGAAGCGCUGAAGGAGGCACUCGAGGAAGAAGAGGUCGAACCUGGAGACGGCGAAGCAGCAGCGGCAGAGGGAGAAGAGGAGGGUGAGGAGAGUGUUGACAUGUCGAAGGAGGAGGAGACGACCGAAAGCGAAGAGAACACGCUUGCAUAUGGAGAGACGGACAUCGUGGAGAGUGAACAAAUGGAUACCGAGCAUGCUACGUCUGAGGGCAUUGAGCCGGAGGAAGACUUGCCAACAAACAGAGACGGUAGAGCUGGUGGAGGAGGAGGUGUCAGAGUCAGUCAAGGCUUGUUGACCUCUGAGAGAGAUAUACCUUCCGAGAGAGAUGACCGUGGCGAUGGUAGCGAUGAUACUGAACAACCAGGAGUAUGA